UCGCUCGCCAGCUCGCCCGGCCCGCACGCACUGGGAGGGAGCCCCGGGCGUGGACUCGCAGGCGUCACCCUCCUGCCCCGCGCGCGCCCCCAUCCUCACGCGCCAACUGCAGCUGACCCGACGCUGGGAGCCUCAGGGCCCGGGGGCUGGAGGUAAAACCCCAAGGAAGAAACAUGAGGUUCUCCUGGAAAUUGUUCAAGAGGAAGAUGGAAGGAGCUGCUUAAAAGAGAUUAAAAGUUGUUCACUGCAAGACUGGGGCCAGAGGGCUGGCAGUGGAAAACCCUGUUGGGUUGUGAUCUCUCACUGAAAAGUUCCAGUUGCCUUUUUACUUCUUGCAAAGGAAAGAAAGAGAAGGAGGAAACCAUGUCUAUUGCCUUGAAGCAGGUGUUCAACAAGGACAAGACCUUCCGGCCCAAGAGGAAAUUUGAACCUGGAACACAGAGGUUUGAACUCCACAAACGGGCUCAGGCGUCCCUCAACUCAGGUGUGGACCUGAAGGCAGCCGUGCAGCUGCCCAGUGGGGAGGACCAAAAUGACUGGGUGGCAGUGCACGUCGUGGACUUCUUCAAUAGGAUCAACCUCAUCUAUGGCACCAUCUGUGAGUUCUGCACGGAGCAGACCUGCCCUGUGAUGUCAGGAGGCCCCAAAUACGAGUACCGGUGGCAGGAUGACCUCAAAUAUAAGAAGCCGACUGCCUUGCCGGCUCCCCAGUACAUGAACCUUCUUAUGGAUUGGAUCGAGGUCCAGAUCAACAAUGAGGACAUAUUUCCAACGUGUGUGGGUGUUCCCUUCCCAAAGAACUUCCUUCAGAUCUGCAAGAAGAUCCUGUGCCGUCUUUUCCGGGUCUUCGUCCACGUGUACAUCCACCACUUCGACCGGGUCAUUGUGAUGGGCGCCGAGGCCCAUGUCAACACCUGCUACAAGCACUUCUAUUACUUCGUCACAGAGAUGAACCUCAUAGACCGCAAGGAGCUAGAGCCCUUGAAAGAGAUGACCAGCAGGAUGUGUCACUAACAUCCCAUCUUACUCUUUGGAAGAAAGAGGAAGGCCGAUUCCUCCUGGAAUCCCCAGCUGAGCUCAGCAGGAGGGAACCUUCCUUGUGAAAUGGCGCCCCUCCUUCCAGAAGCAGGUGGAUACAAGCAGUGACUCUUGAGAGACCUUCCCCACUCACUUCAUGUGCUCUUCCCCUCUGAGUGCUGCUAGCCGCGACUUGUGGCCUGGCUGACUCCGGCGUGAAAGAAGAACGCCCCUGAACCCCCUCCCGGCUCAGGGGCAGCCUCGGCACUUAGUGUGGGGGUGCAGUUCUGCCUGAGACCCGCCGCCCAAGCUUUACUGGAAUUUGGUUUCGAGACUGAGAUGCUUACCUGGCUUGUCAGCUGGCCCGCUUUUCCCAAUCUGUUCUCCAAGCACCGAGUGAAUUUUGGAACUCUGGGUGCGCACCAUGUUCUUCUAUAACAAGCUUCCUUUCAGGUGCCUGAAAGCUCCUGCCCAGCUCUAAGGUCUAACCCGGUGAAGGGCUGUGGAGCCUGAGACACCUGAGUCCGCUACCUGCAGCAUUAACACUAUUUCCCUAAAAGGCGGUUUUAUCAGGGACCACUCCAUGGGGUGGCUUGUCGACACCCCAAACAGGGUCUAUAUACUUUAACUCCAGGGAAGAGACUGGUUGCCGGUUGAGGGUUACCAGUUCACCCUGCACAGAAUGUGUUGGGGUUUUUUUUUUUAUAACCACCCUCAUUCCUGUCUCUUCCAUCCAAGAUAUUGUUGUCCUAUUUUCCAGAAGACAGAUGACCAAGAAUGAUCAGCAGAAACCCUGAGCCAGAUUAGUGCAGUGUUUGUUCUUUGAUAAACAGAAAGGAGUGUAGCUGUCUGCAAAACACUCAACUUUCCUUGGAAAAGCAACAGUACAGUUGGCUGCUUGGUGUCUGGAGCUCAGACACCCAGCCCACUGACUUGUCGCUUUCCCAGCUGGCCCUCCAGCUUCCGAAUCCUGUCGAUGAUGUCUUCCCCUUUCUCCAUACUCUCUCUUCUUCUGCCAUAUUAGAUUAUGGCACAAAACUAAUUUCUGCCUCUGUGAUUGUGCUGCAGUUGCCAAGGUAUCCGUAGAGCCAGAGCUAACUUCCUCCUUCCAUCCUUCCCGAUGUUUCUAUACCAGUAGACAGAAAAAUGCAUUCUGUGCUGCCUUUUGAAACCUAAGUGAGCUUUAGUUGAUGAAAUGUUGCCUUCUCUGAUUCGUCCACAAAACGGGUGGUCCUGAGAACCCAUGGCUAGGGGGUGAGGAUACUUCCAGCAAUCGCUCAAAUUUGAUAAAAUUGGUGGAGGGAAGUAGCUAAGAAUGUAUUAGUGCAUUUUAAUGGAAUAGCAAUUAAAGAAUAACUCGUGACUCUGAUUUUGUCUUAUUAUACGUAAUGUGUUAAGGCCAUUUGUGGCUGCCAAAGAGCCUAGAAGCAUGAAAUCUUUCUUCUUCCAAUCUGAGAAAGGCUGACCUCUGGGCCCUGUGAUUCCAGCAGUCACCUAACCCAGUGGUUGGCCCUUGCUUCCUGUCUGAUAAACGUAGUCUCAUGGAAUCCGAAUGCUGCUACCUCUCCUUAUUGUUGUGCUCUGGUCAACAACACACAAACUAUUUUUGUUCCUUCUUUUUUCCAAGCAUCUUCGAGAGGAUGAACUAGGCAGAGAUUUUUCUCAUUAUCCCUUUUGGCUGAGGGAAUAUCUAACUGUUCUAAGGACCCAAAGAACAGAGAAAUAAGAAUCCCUGUUCCAGACGUGUGCACCGUGCAGUAAGUCCAUGUGGGAAUGUUGAAUGUGGGACAGAGAAGUUACGCUUGGGGCCCAUUGUCCUAGAGGAGCUCCGCAGCUCUGCACGGUGGAAAUGUUUUUGCACUAAAGAGUUGACUAUGCUCCUGCAUUUCAGUACUGCCUAGUCAAGUAGGAUGCUAGACUCUGAAGGCAUUUGUUAUUAAUUCUUUUUAUGGUUAUUUUCUAUUAGCUGAUUGUGCAUAAGAAAUUUCCACUGGGGAGUAGGAGGGAGGAGGGAAAAAAAAAGAAAUUUCCACACAAUUCAAAAAUCCAAAUAUUUUGUAGACUUCUUGGAACACAUUCUUCUUGGUUAUUUUGCUAAUUGCACUAAUCAACUCUGCUAGGACAGGGUCUGGCAAGCCACUCUUUUUAAAUUACAGAAUGUUCCUAUUCCCACAGAACUUUGUUUGGCAAAUUCUGAAGAAAAUCAUCACAGGCGAUUUUGAUCUAUUUGAUCCCAAUACAUAGAAAGUAUGUCUCUUUGCCAAUGGGGAAUCUGAGCUCCUGGCACCCCCGCAGGCAUCUCUGAUUCUCAGAGUAAUACCUGCUUCUUUCUCCUAACCUGGCUGGUUUACCUCCUUCAUUGUUUUUACUAUUUUUCUUUAUUUUGAGAAAAUUUAAAGGAGCAAUCACAAAAACAAAAGAUUACAAUGAAUACCCACAUCCCCUUCACUUAGGCACAUCAAUGUUAACAUACUUUUAUUAACAACUUGUUAACAUUUUCCGUAUUUUUCUCUCUUAUAAAUACACAUUCUUAUGGCCGAACCAUUUCAAAGUAUCUUUCAGACAUUGUAAAACUUUAAAAUAUUUUGUCAAUGUUCCCCAAAAUGUUUAUAUUUCUUUAUUAAUCCAGGAUUCGGUCAAGAAUCACACAUUGUAUUGAGUUGUCUUUCUCUGUAGUUAAUGGCUUAGAGUUCUCUCUCUCUCUCUCUCUCUCUCUCUCUCUCUCUCUCUCUCUCUCUCUCUCUCUCUCUUUUCUCGUGUGUGUGUGUGUGUGUGUGUGUGUGUGUGUGUAUUUUAUAGUACUAACAUUAUCAGAGAGCUCAUGCUGGUUAGUGUGUUGAAUGUACCCCAACCUGGAAUUCUUUCCUCAUUAUUAGAUUUAGGUUGAAACUUUUUCUAGCAAGAAUACUAUAUAAGUCAUGUUGUUUCUUUCCUCCUAUACCAUGCCAGGAAGCACAUAAAUUAGGUCCUCUUUUUUAUGAUAUUAUACCUAAUCGAGGGUUCAAGUCUUGUCCACCUAAUCCAUUCUUUAAGUGUUCACAAUCCUUAUGAAGCUCUGAUAUCCAAGAUACUUACAGUUUAUAGUGUGAGGCUGUGUGCACUGUGGGGAACAUUCCUUUCUUAAUAUUCUCAGAGAGGUCCAGGAUUUCCAAAAGAUUGCAGCCAUUGUGGUGAGAAGAUGAAACAGUGGUACAGGAUUCACAUGUUGACAUAUAACAGAAGGAAGGGAAACCAAGAAGCAUAUACAAGUAGUAUAUCUAGUGGGGAUCCGUAUGAUCCCUGUGGCCUGAGCUGAAUUAUUGAGCCGCCAUCCUCAGGCGACUCCCAUGCACACCACGGCUUACUUUAGAGAGUGUAUCCAUGGUGAAGCACAUUGCCCAAGGGUUAAAAGUUGGUUGGUGAGUAGUACAUUGUGUCUCUGGCCCUUCAAAGGACCACAGAACAUAACCGUAUAUGAAUUUGUUUAAAAUUUUAUUGAGCUGGGGGAUGGUUAGUAGUAAAAUAUCUGAAAAGCUCCUUUGGGGGAUAAUUACCCCAAUCAGAAAGAUUAUCAAGAGUCAGUUUCUGCAUCUUAGGUUGUUAAUAUUCUCUUCCUGGAGUGUUUCUCAUUCUGAUGAAUAGAAGCAACUCUGAGAGACUGCUUAAUCCAUUUCUUCUAUCCUCCCAAGCCUUAUGAGUAAUAUUCUAGGUGAAAGACCUAUGUUUCUCUCAAGGAUCUUCAAGCAUAGAAAUUCUACAGGAUCCUUUAGUAGAAUUCACUGAACACUUUACAACAUCUGAAAUCCUUCUAUUUAACUUGAGCCAAACUAUUAUCUUUGAGUUUCAGCAUGCCUUUUCUAGUAUCCCACAUUAAGAAAAUCACAAAGAUGGGUCUCCCUGGUGGCGCAAGGGGUUAAGACACAGCCUGUGAAGCUAUCCGGACCCUCUACAGCGUGAGUUAGAUCCCCAGCCAGCCAGGGAGCUACCCACAUGGCGCGGCAGACCUCUCCUGUCUUGCCUGCUGCUCCCCUCAGCAGUGUACCUUGGUCAAUCUGCCUGCUCUGUUCCCCGCUCUGUUUCUGGUGAAUCCUCUUACCCCCCCACACCUCUGGCCUGUACUCCAGCUCUUGUAUGCAUAAAUAAAUAAAUACUAAAAAAAAAAUCACAAAGACCAUACAGGAUAAGUAAAAACAUAAGCAAAAUGAGAGAUUUAUUUGCAUAUACAUUAAAUAUUUGCAUAUACAUUAAAUCAUUUGAAAACUGUCUUUCAGUCUUUUUUUCCUUUAGAGCUCUCCCAUUGGCAGAAUUCUCUUUGGAGUCUUGUCACCCUAUAGCUCAUGCUUCUGAAGGCUCAUGUGAAACCUCCCCAAAGCCAUCCCCACCCCUGUCUAUGUGCAUUCUGGAUGUGACAUAAAUGAACAUGAACAGAAAUUAUCACAUGCUUUCUCCAGGCUGUACUUGGAGUCUUUGAUAAGUUCUUUUUUCUUUUAUUUAUUUUUUUUUGCAUAGAAGAACUGGGGUUUGGCCAGAAGUAUUGGGGUGAGAGGAUUCACCAGAGACAGAAUGGAGAACAGAAUAGGCAGAUGUACUGAAAUACACUGCUAAGGGGAGCUGCAGAUGAGAAAGGAGAGGUCUGCUGCACCAUGUGUGGGUUAGCUCUCUGGCUGGGGAUCAAACUCAGGCCUCAGUAGUAAUAGUACUGAGACUUAACCCCUAGGCCACCAGGGAGGCCCCGCUUGACUAAGUUCUGACUUGCUUUUUAUAUUUUAUGCAUUUUUAGUUUGUCUUUGCCCAUACUAUAUCCUCACCUAGAUUAUAUUCAGUCAUUUUGAUUUAUCUUCCUAAGUUUCUUUUCCUCCUACCUUUAACAUUCCUCAUAAGAUUAUCUUGUUUUAUUUUAAUCACCUCUUUAAUUGGCAAAUCAUUGAGGGACUAGGAUAGAGUUCCUGUCAUCUUUUUGUAGUGAUUUAUGCCAGGCCAACAUUCUGAUCAUUGAUGGAAGCAAAUCACUUCCUAUGAUUUCUAACCUUGUUUAUCACUUCCACACCUCAGGGGUAUCACGCUGCGAGAAAAAGUAAUAUGGUAGGAAAAUUGUGGCCAUAUUUUCACAAAAUCUGUAGAAAGGCAGAGUCACUAAUGGAAGUUGAUCUGUCACUUGGGUAAUUCUGUUAUCCUUUGUGCUUUGAUUAUUUUGCUCCUUGAUUAAAUAGAUGCUCCUUGAUUAAAUAGAUGAUUCUCUCCUAGAAUUAGCCAAACAAAGUGUGUUUUAGAAAUAAUGUUGUUUUUUUUUUCCUAUUCUAAAACAUAUCAACACAAAACUUUUUUUUUCACAGGCUGUGUCCCUCUAGGCAGUUAUUCAUGCUGGGUAAGAAGUUUUCAAUGAGCAAAUAAGGAUUGCUAUAACUUCCAGAGUAAAGAGUCCAUUUCUAAUUUGACAAGCUGUUUACUACUUUUAGAGUGUUCUAAUUUGCAACUGUUUCAAUAUCUUUUCUAAUUGCAUCAGAAAAAAUAUUUACAUAUCUUUAGUUCCAUUUGUGAUUGAAUAAAGGGUUUGACUAUGAGCAGAUUAACACAAUUAGAAAAGGAUAUUUAUGAAAUCAGUUCUAUGUGAGCUUAGGAAUUCAAAUGAUACAAAUAAAAGACAUAAU